AGGUUUCGGAUUUGUCACAUUUCAAAGUGAAGACGUUGUGGACAAAGUAUGCGAAAUUCACUUUCACGAGAUUAACAAUAAAAUGGUGGAAUGCAAGAAAGCCCAACCGAAGGAAGUGAUGCUCCCAGCGAACCUAGCAAAGUCUCGAGCUGCCGGUCGCGGCGCCUACGAUUUCAUGUGGUCUCUUGGAGCUCUACCUGACGGUUUUCCGGCGGCCGCUUACGCCGCCUACGCGACCGGUCGCGGCUACUCGGGCUACCCUAGUUUCGGACUGCCCUACCCGACAGUGGACCUUACUAAUGGACAACUCACCCCUAAUAACAACACCCCAUUGUUGACUCAGGCUUUAUCAGUGAUGAACAACUACCAGGCGGCGGCCGCAGCAGCAGCGCAAGGCUUCGGCCCACCGCCGGCCAGCCCGCACGCGGCAGCUGCAGCGGCGGCAGCUGCAGCGGGAGGCCGACCGACUACCGGAGCGGCCGGGGGCGGUUUUCCCGCCGCCAACUCUCCCGGCCCCACCCAGGCCAGCAUCGAGAUGUACAACGGAUCCGCGGCAGCUGCGGCGGCUGCAGCUGCAGCGGCACAAGCUGCGGCAGACAGCGGCGUCGGAUACGUGCAGGCGGCCAGCCCGCAGCCGAACACCUUUCCGGCCAUCGCUGUCAGUCGGGCGCCCCUGAAUUAUAGUCCGGUGUCAACAUCGAAUAUGACGUCAUCAUAUAGCGAAAGACCGUAUUACAUCACGACACAUCCCUGGACGCAAAUCCAGCCGUACUGUCAAAGUCCAUAGCCAUCACUGUAAGCUUCGUGGCCCUUGGCUUCCAACACAGCGGGCUGGUCUUUGCUCCAGAUGGAUGCAGCUCUGGUUGCACAUAAGGGCCCUCUGAUCCCAGCCGCAUUCACCAACGGCUACCAUUGAGUCGUCCUACAACAGCACAUUGGAGGAGGACAGUCUAGUGUUGUGUGACCGGCAGUAUCGGCUAUGCAAUCGCAGCCACUGUGAUCCACCGUCACAACUAUAUGCACCUGUACAUUCACUUUAUGUAUAAUAAUAAUGAUUAAUAAUACUAAUGGUAAUGUGUAGCACCCCGCUAGAGGCGAGGCCCACUCGUUGUUGUAAUGUUUGGUGUAACGCGCUUCACGUCCCGCUCUUCGACUUCCGGUGACAGCUGACAUAUGACAUUCACUCACUCUCUUAUAUAAUCCGAUUUGGUUUUGCUUCAAGAGCGCACGUGCGAUCUUACAUGGACGCUUUACUGAGACGCCACUGACAUUGUUAUUGAUUUUCUGUCCUUUAUCCAGACCCACCCCAUCUUUAAUAUACCAUCGGUCUUGUACUGUUUUUGUUUAAUGAUAACUAUUAUCAAACGGUAAGUUUUUUUACUAAAUCUAAGGUACUAUUCUCACUCACAAAAUCAACUCGACGGCAACUCUACUUCAACCCGAUUUCAUCCCGUUUUGAGGUUGUUGAGCAAGUCACUAACUAUGUUGAGACGGUGGACUAUAAAUAGUUUAUUUUAAUUCUUGAAAACCUUCACUGGAAAAAAGCGUAAAAGAAUGAAUUCAACAAAUAAACUCUAACCAGUCAACAGAGUAUUUUGUAAAAUGCGACUUUUCUUUUAACAACCACGUUCGAAACAGCAACGCUCUUAAGCGAUACAAUAGCACAGGAAACUUAAAAAGAAUUGAAGAAAAAAUCUCACGAUUCAUUUGGUAAGGAAUUUCUAGUAUUGCUCUAUAACAUGUUUUGUUUGUAAAUAUUGCUCCAAGUUGUCGCUGUUCAUUUCAAAAACCUGAGUUAUUUCACUUCUUCCUACAUUUGCAACAUCACAGAGGAGGAGGAGGAAGAGGAGACGGAAGAUGAGGACCGAGAGGCAGGGUAGGACUGGCACAUUUAGUUUAGAGUUUCCGGCACUUAAUGUCUCGGUUAUACAAGUAUUAAGGCUUUGUUAUAUGUGUUACUAGGAAAACUUGCUCAUUACUGCCUAACCUGUACGCUCUGUAAAGAAAAGUCCUAACUUCGAGGUAUGUGGUAUAUUGUAUUUUCCAAAAACGCCAAUUACGUAUCAAUUAUAGUGUGCAAUGAACGAUCUGUGGAAAGCAACACCUUGUACGCAAACAUAUUUUCCGAGUCUGAUGAUCACUCAUACACUGUCAAAUUACUUGUAACACCUUUUGAAUCAAAUUUAGCUCUGCUGAGGGGUUAUUAUUACUGAUGCCCCCACUGAACCGCUUUAACGGACACGGAAACGCGAUGGUGAAGUACUUUUAUCGGAUGCUGAAUGAUUUUUUAAAGAUACGAAGUAGGGUUGAAGUCUUGUUGCUUUAGUGACAAAGAGUAUGAGGAUUCCACUCUAGGCUUUGAGUUUCAGCACUAUCUGUUAUUAAAUUUUGUAGUUGUUUGGGUAAGUAAAAAGAAUUUAUUUUAUCCAUUUAUCUUUGUUAAAAGUAGGUAUUGCCUAUACUAUUAGAUUGGGCAACGGUCUUUAUCGAUUUUUCUAACCUAAAUAUUGUAGAUUGAAGAAGCAUGGGGGGAUAUUAUAGGCCUAAAUACAACCUCAUAUUUCAAUUGAUUGCAUUAUAUCAAUAAAUAACUGUCUAUGUUGUCCACUGAAUGAUGUUACCAAAAUGAAAAAGGUUAAACUUUUUUGGUUAGUACGAUAAAAGCCGAAGAUUCGAAUUCCUAUUGAUUAAAACAGGUCUGUCUUGGUCGUCGCACGUGUGUCUCUGAUACUGAAUAAACGAUGAUUGGUUAUUCUCUAGCCGCUCUGGGAGGUAAAGCAAUUACUUUUGAUAUUCGUUACAUGUGAGCAGAUGUAAAUAUGCAAUCAUACAGGAUUUGUCGGUGGUUGGAAGUAAUUUUACUAUAAAUGCUCUUGGUUUCAAUUACCAGAAUUAUCAGGGUAACUCUUGAUUCAACAUUAUAAGAGAAUGCACCACAUGACUAACUGAAAGCAUACUUUUUCAUAAUAUACAGGGUGUCCCAGAAAUAGCACUCCAGAGUGACCUGGGAGUUAGAUUGGAUUCAGAGCAAUCAGAUAAAAUCAACAUGAUCUGAUUCAAAGUUUUCUAGUUUCCGAGAUAUUGCCACUUUUAGGUUUUUUCAAAAAAUCACUACUUUUUGCUGCUUUUUUGCCUGUUAUGGCUAUUUAAAACUUCUAAAAUAUGUGUUUUUUCCUGUUCUACCACUAUUGGUUAGUUGAGACAUUCAUUCAUUGAAAACUAGCGCGGUAUGAUAAAAAAAUUAAUACAUUUUGUUUCAAUGUGAAAACCUUCACUAAAGGUUGACUAAUUGCUGUGAUAAAAAUUUACGAAACUGAUAUUAAAAACUAGUGUCUUUAAUGCUCUUUUAAAAAUAGUAUAACAUUUGUAGGUUCUUUCUACUAAAAAUUGAAUA